UGUAUCUGUGAGUGUAGAAGUAAGUGUACUAAAUAGGGAAUAGUGAGUAGGGAAUACGUAACCAUUUGAGAUUGAGCCUUGGACUAAAGUGUUGGUCGGUUGCCAUGGUGAUGAGGAGGGCUCUUCACCCCGGAGUUUAAGAUGUCCGUGUUGAAGUACUGAGUGUGUUUAGCUGAGCUGUUACUGAGGAUCGUCUGCUGCGUCGUGUUUAUUAGCGUGUGUGAGCUGGAGAUGUUGAAAUUAUCAUUCAUUUUUCCAAAUGGAGACAAGUAUGAGGGGGAGUGCGGUCAUACCCCCGAUGGUGUGGUGAUUAGACAAGGCAUUGGCACACAGAUCUCUUCAUCUGGAACAACGUAUGUUGGAGAGUGGAGCAAUGAUAAGAUGAAUGGCAGUGGGACUCUUUCUCACCCAUCAGGCGCGGUGUACGAAGGCCAGUUCAGAGAGAACAUGUAUCACGGCAGGGGAACGUACUCCUUUCCUGAUGGAACCAAAUACUCUGGAACGUUCAACAACAACAGAUUUGAAGGUGAGGGCGAGUUCACUGACUCAGAGGGACGCGUGUGGACUGGGACCUUCCACAGAAAAGCAGCACCAGGACUCAAACUCAAGCUUAACAUGUAACACAAACGCUGAAUGAGCUCUGUAGAAGUGAGGCCUUAACGCAGCAGCUCUGUUUUGAUUUCCAGUCACUGUGCAUUCUUUGACCAACAAGUAAGUAUGUGUUCCUCUUAUAACAGAACACUCAUUGUCUGUCUUGGAAAAAAAGGGGUAUUUUUUAUCAAACAUGCUGCUUCUGAUCUUCCCUUCUGUAAGAGUUUUUUUUUAAAAAUUGUGCAGGACUAAGACAAGCAUUAAAAAAAGAAAAGAACAAUUUUUUUGAGGAACUCAUGUAAGAGAGAUACUUUUAUAUUAUUAACUUUAAAGAUGGGUGGAGAUUCUGUCCAGCUCUACAGCAUAAAAAGUCAGUAAUAAAAAUAAUAAAUAAACUUUGUAACAUUUUCAAACUGCAUCAUUACCUAUUAUCAUACCCCUACCCCUUGU